AUGGUUCGUUUACUACUCGACAAGCCUGAAAGACGCCGCAUCCUUGGCCAGAUCGAGAAUUGGAAUUUUGGAAUAGCGCCCAAUGGUAACCUGGCUCAGGAACACAGUUUCGUUCAUCAAGCAGUGCCAGACAUCUUUCGAGAAGACACAGUCGAUGGAGACAGUGCUACGCUCACUGACAUGGCUAUCGAUGGCUACUCACCCAUCAUCACAAGAUCCGAAUGGACAGAGAAUCUCAUACAAUCAGGUGCAUCCAAUCCAAAUGACGCAACAACCGUGAAAUCACUGGCCAUCUGUUCCUCGAUAUUCAGGAACGACGUGGAUUUUACUCGACUGCAAUCCAAACAAAAGCCAAAGAUCCACUAUACCAGUAUCACUACCAAUGCAUGCGUAAGGCUGGACAACAUUGCAAGAUUAACAACCGAGUUCGAGAAUGAUAUAAGCAAGGCUCAAGAGCACUGGCCUCAACACCCGCAGGUAUCAUGGGACAAGCUGUGCCGAAUCUGGAAUAAAUACGGGUUUUUGUGGCCAGAAAAACUACAUUUAGGCUACAAGCGCAAUUACAAUGAUUUAAUGCAAAAUAAAGGGCCAAUAUCACAAGACCAGUUACAGCAGCACAGCCCACAGACGUAUACCAUUGUUUGGAGAACAAAAUUACGGCCUAUUUACGAAUUUUUCCCAGAAACACAUGUCGACAAAAAAGCCUAUAUUGCUGAUAUCAUUCGUCAUAUUUCAUCACUUGUCGUCUUCAAUGGCUCUUUGUUCAAGCUCAAGAACAUGAGGACGCACCAGUGCUUGGGCCGUCAAUCCGUGGCUGAUGGUGAUGAUGAGGAUACAGUAGUUAUGGUUUCCGAUCAAUGCGGUACGGGUGACACAAACGAGCAUUCAUUGUGGAAGCUUCGGGAGACGGGCUCAUCACAUUCAGACACAUUAUCAUAUGUGUUUCUAGGAACUGAGAUGCUCUUGUGUUCAGACCGUAACAAUGACUCUAUUCUGACUAAACAAGGCUCUUUAUCCAACUCAAGGUAUGCCCUCAAGAUGGACUAUCAACAAGACAGAGAUGACUGCAGCUGGCGUAUCAACCCAUCUAGGUAUUCGCUCAAAACAGGCAAAAAAGCAGGUGCCUUCCAUAUAGACGACGUGAUAUCAAGUCUGGUCUACUUAAAAGACGGUGAUAGCGUGAUUAUGAGCCAAGACUCACACUAUUUGCGCACGGACUCCCACCAUUUUACGUCAUUCUCCCCUAUUUCCAACAGCAAUAGCCCAAUGAAUAACAGUUCAGGUGGGAUGCUCAAAAAAUCACCCAUCAGCAUCAUGAGCAUCGAUGACAGAUAUAACUUUUCAUCAGCAGAACGAUCUGAAUCAAACAGCACACAGCCUACUUGCAAUUCACUCAGUAGCCAACAGCUCGGCAAGCAUAGCAUCACUGACUACAGGUGCAGCAGUAUCACAAGCCAAUCCAUGUUUAACGGCACUGAUGUGUUCAUGGAGAAAUUAGGAGUCGAUGCCACCAGAAUCACUACAGUGGAUUAUCAAUGGAAGAUAGAGCUCGUUAACAGCCUGGAUAACAUUUCAGUUGAUACAGUAGUCGAGCAUCCAGCCAAGCAUACAGCAUUUACCGAUACAAAACCAUCAAAAGAAAACCAUGUACAGGACACACCAUCAAAACAGGACUCUAAUACAAAUUACAAUGUGCUGAUAUCCAGCAUUGUACCUACCAGAACACCACACCCUAUACCCAAAGAAUCGCCUAGAAUACUCACCCCUUUUAUAAACAAACCCCAGAAAUCCCAAUGGCUCGAUGGCAAUCUCAAGCUAUACAACUUGCAAAAGGAUUCAGACGAAAGCGAUGUGCCCAUUGAAAUAGCCAACAUCGAUCUACGUAUGGACUCUAAUAGUCGAUACAGCACACCAGUGGGAUCUCUUAAAUCCAUACCGUCCAAUGAAGAAAUCAUACCACCACUCCCAGUCCUAUCCGCAAAGAAAUUAGGCAAGCUUCCCAUGCAGAGCUUUCAAACACACCACUCACAGCAGCACCAUCAUCAAAGCGGCAGCUCUCCUUCUGGCAGCAGCGGUGAUGACAGUGAUUGGACAGCUUCACCAGCACCUUCUUUCUCUCGAUCACUGACCCCGGUUCCCAAGAAAGAAGCAAACAUCAGAGAUACUACUGCAACGCCCGAGAUCACAGAAGCAGAGGCUUUCAAGCGAAAGAUACAACAGCAGUUUGAGGAUAAACAAGAGGUCUAUGCAAGCAUAUACAGAAACAUAUUUGCUCAAUCCACACCCACCUCCAACACUACGAGUCGCAUCCGAUACUAUGACGAUGAGUAUGAUCAACCCAUACACCAGGGCUCCUCUACGGGCCAACCAAGAUCUUACACCAUGACACCCAAAAGUCGCUACAGCCAGCCUACACCUACUUCAUCCGCUAAUCUGACGCCAGAGGAGUAUCUGCUUCGAAAACGUAGCCGAGAAACAUCUUUCAUGUUGCUCGUUCGACAAGAGACCAAGCAGCAAUUAUGGCUGAGAGCCAUGAAGCAGUCGACAUUAAGCCAUUGGCUCCAAUCCCUUACCUCAGGCAACAAAAGAGCCCAACGUCAAUCAAAUCAACCGCAAAAUGUGAUUGUGUUGUCCACAAAUGCAUCAGACGACAACGCUGAGGGUGUUAUUGCUCCCACUACUACCUCUCAUAUAUCUACUGGCGACAUUCGGCUGCAACAUUAUAGCAAGAAUAAUAGAACGAUCAAAAAGAAGAAGGGAUUCUACCAAAAGAAUAGUUUCAGACGACAAAAGGGCAUUAUAAUCUAA